UGUUUUUUUUUUUUCACUGUUCACAUGUGAGAACGCUCAGAGAAAUUAGGUUUACGCUGAAUCGACAACACCAAUGGACUUUAGACUGCGCUUGAAAUAACGCCGAAUUACGCUUAACACUACUGUUCCUGUAACAGCUAACAUGGGAAUAUUAUACAAAGACCUGAAUGCAUUUUCGACAUAUGUGUUGUGCAAAUCCAGACAGUUUUCAAUCAGUUAACUUGAUUUUAGAUAGCAAGUCAAUGUAAAGAGCUGACAUUCAAUGAAAUCAGUCGUGUCGUCGUUUCAUUUUUGCAAGCUGCUUAAUCACUAACAAUGUCACUUGUGGAGUCUGACGAAAACACACCGCUUCUAAGAGGCGACAUUACAAGUGAUGGAGAUGCAGACCGAAGCCGCUGGAGGUCCAUCAGGGUCAUGUACUUCACCAUGUUCCUCAGUAGUGUUGGUUUUACAAUUGUCAUCACUUCCAUCUGGCCAUAUCUGAAGAAUAUUGAUGAAAGUGCAGAUGCCAGUUUUUUGGGAUGGGUUGUUGCUGCAUAUAGUUUGGGCCAGAUGGUGGCCUCACCACUCUUUGGAUUGUGGUCCAACCACAGGCCUCGACGAGAGCCUCUAGUCUGCUCUAUAUUCAUCAAUGUCUCGGCUAACAUCUACUACGCCUAUGUCUACCUACCUCCCUCAAACAACAGAAUUCAUAUGCUUUUGGCUCGCACAUUUGUGGGCAUUGGAGCAGGUAAUGUGGCAGUUGUGAGGUCCUAUGUGGCUGGUGCCACUUCCCUGAGGGAGAGAACCAGUGCAAUGGCUAACAUGAGCGCCUGUCAGGCUCUUGGCUUCAUACUUGGCCCAGCCUUGCAGGCUGCUUUGUCAUUCAUUGGAGAGACUGGCUUCAGUGUGAAUGCCAUCCGGCUUCGGGUUAAUAUGUACACCGCACCAGCACUGUUGGCAGCCUGCUUCGGGAUCAUUAACAUUCUGCUGGUUAUAUUAGUCUUGAGGGAGCACUGUGUGGAUGACAAUGGACAGCAUGUCAAUGCAAUUAACUACACCCAAGAAGAGCGAGUGGAUGUGGCUCCUGAGGUGGCAGGUGAUAUUGACCAGGUUGCAGUGGUUACAUCUAACGUCCUUUUCUUCGUUAUUCUCUUCAUUUUUGCUGUGUUUGAAACUAUAUCUACUCCUCUAUCAAUGGACAUGUUUGCGUGGACAAGAAAAGAAGCUGUUUUGUACAACGGUAUCAUAUUGGCUGCCAUUGGCUUUGAGUCCAUCGUUGUCUUUCUGGUGGUAAAAGUGGUCUCAGCAAGGGUAGGAGAUCGGCCGCUGCUGCUUGGAGGCUUGAUUCUCAUAUUUGCAGGGUUCUUUAUCUUGUUGCCAUGGGGAACUCAAUUUCCUAAAAUACAGUGGGCAGAUAUUCAUAAUAACACUAAGCCAGCAAUACGACUGGCUCCCACCCCAUCUUCAAACACUUCUCUGGAGCCCACCGGAUGCCCGUCUGACCAGGCCUGGUGCUUGUAUACCCCUGUAAUUUAUCUCGCACAGUACAUUACCUCUGACAUCCUCAUCGGAGUGGGCUACCCGACGUGCAACGUAAUGUCCUACACUUUAUACUCAAAGAUUCUAGGCCCCAAACCUCAGGGAGUUUACAUGGGCUGGCUAACAGCAUCAGGAAGUGCUGCACGGACACUCGGGCCUGUGUUUGUCUCUCAUGUCUACAAUCUUAAUGGACCCCGAUGGGCCUUCAGUGUCAUAUGCGGCAUAGUAUUAGCUGCAGUCGUUCUCCUCAGUGCUAUGUACAAACGACUACUCGCCUUCUCUGUACGACAUGGAAGGAUAGAAGAAUGAUGACUGACAGAUGCCUCUACCAUCCACUAAAGAACAGUUCAUGGGCCUGACUUAGAGGUGGAAAGCAUUGUAAAUGUUAUUUUUUUUUAUGGACAGUUGCCCAAAUUGUGGAGUUUUUCUAGCAUAAGCAUGAUUCUGAAGUGACUUAUGAAGCAUUUGUAAAUAUCUAAUAACUUUAAAAUAGCUUUAUCUGUAUAUUGAACUACAAUUUCCCCUAUUACCUAAACUGUGAAUUUAACCACUAUCGGAGCAGCAUGACAUGGAUCGACACCAUAUAACAGUAGCAGAUGCUAAAAAGACCCGCGUGAACCGCAGUAUUAAAAUUGAGUGGCAGCUCAAUGGGUUAUGAAGCAUUAGAGAUUAUGAGGCCUACAUACUGUGUGGUUGUUUAACACUUGGUUUUAAUAAUCUAUUUUAAUAACUUGAAUUUAUUUAAAUCUGCAACGAUGAAACGGUGAUGUUGAAGUUUCUUUCUUUUUAUUAUUAACACUAAGCUUAAAAUGUACACUAGGUGCUGAGCAUCACUUGACUUUGGCUGCAUCCAUAAUCACUGAAAAUGACCAACUACAAACCUGUUGUAUUUUGAAUUUAAGCCAAAUGCUUUAGUUUUGUUUGUGUUGAAGCGCAUGAAUGAUAAAGCAUAAUACUAAUGGAAAACUGGCAAUAGUUGUUUCUUUAAUGUUUAGAAAAAUAUGAAGUAUGACAUGGUUUCCACAAGAUUUGUUUCUUUAAAUAUAUUAAAAAUGAUGUGUUUAACAAGA